UAUGUUCCUUCCCUGAUGCCGCGAUACGUUCCAUCAAUAUUGAAUGACACGUUAUUUCUGGAUGUAGUGGUUCCUCGACACGAGGCUUACUCGAUGCAGGUUCCUUCUGCCAGUGGAAGUUGAAAAUAGAUUUGUCUCUCCGCUCAAUUAUCGCCCUGUUCCCCCACUCAAGUUUACCUACCGAAUAUUGACUCUGUCAGGUCGUCCAUCCAUGAAAGUGCGACUUCCAUUAUAUGUGCAUUGUUUGAUUCUUUUUCCUUAUGGAAUAAUGUGGUUCUGGCUAUCCAUCCUGUUGGUUGUAGAGUGGCUUGUUCGAGGGUGCCUUCCUCACUGGCGCUGCCCCUUUCAUCAACUGUUCCUCACGAAGUUGAAGUGCCAGCUAGCUCGGCAACUCGCUAUACCUACCACCUGUCAUCGUCUCAAAUUAGCUUUGUUUCCGUCUGCCGCUAUCAGGGAGUCACACGAACAUCUUGAUUUCGUCCAACAAGGAGAAACCCGCACAAAGGAGAUUCAAGAAGAGAUUAAAUUUUGCAAAUCCAUGCUCUGUCAGGUACGCAAGGAACGGUACAACAUACAGGCACAAGAGCUUGAAAUACACCGCAAAGUCGAGGCGUAUCUUCAGAAAGUAUCACAAUCACAAUCACUGCAAGCACACCUGAAAACGCUGGAGAAAGAUGUAGAGGACAUAACAUUCUACUCCCGCACACAAGCUAUUGCAAAUCGCACUGGAUACCGCGGGUUUUCUGACUGGGCAGAGAAAACAUCACGAACCCAUGAACAUCUUUUGUUGACUCUUGGGCAGGUUGCAUUUGUAGGUGCCAGCUUGACAUACGGCGCGAUCUUUGGGUCGUCAAGAGGCAACAUCGGGCUCAUGUGCUAUGCGUUUGCACUGUUCGACUGCGGUUUUAUUGUGCCAACCGUUGCCCUCACACUAUUAAAAUGGGCUUCACAGCGACCCAAAGAUGCAGUAUUCGCCUCCCCGCAACUGCCUGCUAUCGGCGCAGCAAUAUGCUUGCUCAAUAUCUCUCUCUUUAUUUUGCAUUUCUCAGUUGGCAAAAACGGUCAACCCACUGAUGCUCAGUUACAGUUCAACGUUGAGCCUACACCAGCUGGGAGCCUUGCUCUGGGAUGUAUUGGGCUUGCUGUAGUGGUCGUGGUACGAAACGGCUGGGAUGCAAUGAUCGAGGACUUUUUUGGUCGUAGGGAAAACUGCAAGGAAGGAUUGCAGGACUACGUUCCCGCAUGAGAGCAGUAUAAUCGCCCAUACUUCGAGUCAAGCUAUCACCCAUGUCUAUGUCCACGGCAUUUAUCAUUGAUUCAGAUCGUAGUAUUUACAUACAUCUGCAAUAUUAGAUGACUCA